GCCCUCCGGUAUUCAGUUGGAACCUGCUCCUCAAAUAUAAAAAGCGGUUUGCCAUCCGCAAGGAAACACUGAAUCACAACCUCCUAAGAGGAGACUAGCGACCAUACACACCCUUCCUAUCCACAACGAACAGUGAUGAUCAGGGUAGUCGAUGCUAUAGUCUAGAUCUCAACCCAUUUAGUACGUUUAAGAGUGAACUUAUUACAAACAAUUUUACCCUUCUUAAAGUGUUCCAUCUAUUUUUAUUGGCCAUAUUUCUUAAGGCAAUUUUCAUUUUUAGUGUAUAGUGUGAAAAAAGUUAUUUAGGCGCCGCUGGUGCUGCGCUCACGGGCGCAUCUGAAGUUUUGCUGAGAGCGACCGGAGCAUGGCUGCUCUGAUCAGCGCGUACUCCUCCUGGCCGGAGAGCUUUGAAUGCUCGGCAGGAGAUGGGGACGGGCCGGACGGACAUGGCUCGCAUAGGACUCCUGCGGACAAAGCGUCGGAACCGCGCAUCAGACGGCCCAUGAAUGCGUUCAUGGUCUGGGCUAAAGAUGAGAGGAAGCGCUUGGCUGUCCAGAACCCAGACCUGCAUAAUGCGGAGCUCAGCAAGAUGUUGGGCAAGUCGUGGAAGGCCCUCACUCCCAUUCAGAAGCGGCCCUACGUGGAGGAGGCGGAGAGACUGCGGCUGCAGCACAUGCAGGACUACCCCAACUACAAGUACCGCCCCCGCAGAAAGAAACAGCUCAAACGCAUCUGUAAACGCGUGGACCCCGGGUUCCUGCUGAGCAGCCUGGGGGGCCCUGACCAGAACGCACUGCCCGAUCCCAGAGGCCUCUGCCACCCGCUGGGUAUGGAUAAAGAUGAGGAUGGAGGUAGCGGUGGAGGUGUGGGCUUCACGUCCCUCUCGUCCCCCAGUCAGGGGACUCUACCUGGGGUGAGGUCCUUCAGAGAGGUGGCACAGAGCUCCAGCUCUAACAGCUUCGACACCUAUCCUUACGGGCUGCCCACGCCGCCCGAAAUGUCCCCCCUGGAUCACGACCACCCUCCCUACUAUCCUUCCUCCUCCUCCUCUUCCUCGUCUGCCUCCUGCCCUGAGGAUCGCCACCAGCACCAGCGGCCGAGUCAGGCCCAAAACUCUGGAGGUCACAUGGGACUCAGCCCUCCGCCCUACCUUCCAGACUACACGCAGACCUCCAUCCACUGUGGCAGCUCCCACCUGGCCCACCUCUCCCACAUGUCCCAGACCCAGUCUGGAGGCCUUCUCCCAGGACAUCCCUUGUCCUACUACGGCCCAACUUCCUGGUCCUCCCAGCUCCAGGUCCACCCUGGUCCUCAGCGCCACCACCACUCCCACCUGGGUCACCUCUCCCCAGGUCAACAGCACCACCUGGGCCAGCUUUCACCUCCUCCAGAGCAGAACCAGAACCAGGGGAACCUGGAGACACUGGACCAGCUGAGUCAGGUGGAGCUGCUUGGGGAGGUGGACCGGGAUGAGUUCGACCAGUACCUGAACUCCACGGCUGUGGGUGUGGGGAUGUUUCAUUCCGAGCACGGCGGAGGAGGUGCGGUGACGGUGACAGGUCACAUCCAGGUGACCCCGGCGUCGACCUCUGCAGUGUCUUCUGGGAGCAGCGUUGCCGGGGAAACCAGCCUGAUCUCUGUGUUAGCGGACGCCACAGCGGCAUAUUACAAUAACUACGGGAUCUCUUAGAUGGAGCACGUUGCCACGGUGCCGGGUCGCCACGGUGCCUGGUCGCCACGGUGCCUGGUCGCCAAUGCCCAGGGCUCCCCUCCUCCCCUGAACUAACAUCUCAGAGUGGGAGGACAGGUCUACGAUCACGUAAACCCAAGAUCAUCCAAAUGACACAACUGAUCCUAGAUCAGUACUCCGACUCUAAGACACUGACAGGGGAAGAGGGAGAGAGAACUUUAGCCCACACCUCAGGGAUGCUCAUUCAGAACACUAGUUUGUCACGUCUUCUUUUUGUCAAGUUCAAAAACUGAAAAACAGUCGGAUGAUUGUAAAAUGGCUUAGCGUGUUGGGACAGUCGCUCUUAUUGCUUAUUUAAGUACUUUGAUGUUUUGUGUAAAUGCUAAUUGUAAUGCUUCUGUUUGGAUGUUCGUAGUUUUUGUUCCCCAACGGUAGUUGGAGUUUUACCUCAGUAGAUAGUAGUUAAUAAGGAUUAUUCCAGACAAGAUGGAGUGCUUCACAAAUCAAAACCUAUUCAAGAUGGACUGCUUCACAAAUCAAAACCUAUUCAAGAUGGAGUGCUUCACAAAUCACACCCUAUUCAAGAUGGACUGCUUCACAAAUCAAAACCUAUUCAAGAUGGGGUUUGGGACACGAAAAUGGUGUAUCAUGAAGAAAAAAACACUUUCUAUACUUUUUCUUUUUAAGUACUUAAUAUAUAUAAUCAUAAUCUUUACAAUAAAAAAAUAAUAAUGGUGAUAAUUAAACUGUAUGCUUACGUAGAUUUGUGAAAUUUAAUUAAAAUUAAAUUCCACAUUUA